AUGGGCCUCUCCAAGACCAACAGGAUCAUCAUCCUGCUUGUUAUCGAUACUGCCUUCUUCCUCCUGGAGCUGAUCACCGGGUACACUGUCCACUCCCUUGCCCUGGUCGCCGAUUCCUUUCACAUGCUCAAUGAUGUCCUCUCCUUACUCGUGGGUCUAUGGGCCGUCAAGGUCGCCAACCAGGAAACAAACUCGAAAAUGUAUACCUACGGUUGGCAACGAGCAGAGACGCUCGGUGCUCUCGUCAACGGUGUCUUCUUGGUCGCUCUAUGCGUGUCAAUCGUCAUGGACGCGAUUCAGCGAUUGGUUGAGCCUCAGGAAGUUCAGAAUCCCAAGCUAGUCUGCAUCGUCGGAUGCUUUGGUUUGCUCUCCAACAUUGUCGGAUUAGCCCUAUUCCACGACCACUCCCACGGCGGACACGGGCAUUCCCACGGACAUGGCGAGGAGGAUUUGGAGACUGGACACGAGGGUGACGAUCAUAGUCACGAAGUUGACGAGACUCACGGGAAUGGUGCGUCAGACGCCGCGGACCGGCUUGGUCUUCCGCAUUCCGCCGAUCGAUCUCGCAGACGCCGUACAGCCGAGUCACAGGUGCGAGGCUCAAGGCGGUACAGUACAUCCGCUCUCGCCAACGUGGAGGACAUCUAUGUCCACCCAGCGACGAUGCGCCAGGACAUCAUUGCUGCUAGCCGUGACUCUUACGACAACGAAGAGACAUCGGACACUGAUAGCCGGGACGAUGAAACUCCCACUGAAACGUCUGGUCUGCUUCGCCACGGAGACCGCAAAACGAACUACACGAACGAAAGUGACGCCCCGUUCAAGGUCCCUCCACGUUUGGAGGACGAUGUCCAUAAACACCACAACCAUGCUCAGCCGAAGCCUAAGAGUCAAAAGGGUGGGCAUAGCCAUGAUCUCAACAUGCGCGGAGUCUUUCUGCACGUCAUGGGUGACGCGCUUGGCAAUAUUGGUGUGAUUGCCUCUGCUUUGGUCAUUUGGCUGACUGAUUACGAGUGGCGAUUCUAUGUCGACCCGGGUAUUUCAUUGGUGAUCACAGUUAUUAUUCUUGCAUCUGCCAUUCCCCUCUGCAAGGCUGCCUCGCGUAUUCUUUUGCAAGCUGUUCCCGCAGGAAUGAGCGUUGACCACAUCAAGGAAGAUAUCGAAGGUCUCCCAGGUGUUAUCGGAUCUCACCACCUCCACGUCUGGCAAUUGAGCGACACCAAGGUCGUGGCUUCCAUCCAUAUUCAGGUUGAUACUGAGAUCAAGGGCGAGGGCUCUGAGCGUUACAUGCGUCUUGCUCGACAGAUCCGCAGGUGUCUGCACGCCUACGGCAUCCACUCUUCUACCAUCCAGCCUGAAUUUGCCCCCGAAAGUGACACAGAAGAUGGCGCAAACAUGAACCAGCCUUCGUCGUCCCGGGAAUCAGACGAGCCCAACCAGCCGAGUCGAGCUGGCAGCUUGCGCGAUGCCGACCCCACUGCCUGUCUACUUGAAUGCGAUGAUAACUGUGCCCAGGGUGGUCAAUGCUGCCCAAAAAGCCUACUUGAUUUGCAGACGCGAUCCUGUUGCCCAGAGUAG